AUGGGAAAUUAAACAACACGUGAAAUUAGAGAAAAAAUUGAGUAAUUUAAAGAAGAUUCAGAAAAAAAAGAAAUUGAUUGGAUUAUCCACAACUAAAAUGAAGUUUAUGAAUAAAUGUUGAUUUUAUCAAGAUACUUUUCAUUGCAAAAACUGCAAUUAAAUUUCAUUGAUCCUAACAUUGAAGAUAUUACUCCAUUAAAAGAUGCUAUCUAAGGUAGUGAAAUAUUUGAAAUACUUAAAAUCUAAGCAUAGUAUACAUUUAUUUAUAAUUUUUCUUAGGAAUACAAAAAUUUAUGAUGCCAAUAUAAUUGCAUCUCAUAUAACAACAUUAACAAGAUUUCAUUUAGAUUUAUCAAACACUCAAAUUUCAGAUAUUUCAAAUGUUAUACAAAUUUUAAAUUAAAAUAUUAAUUUAGAAUCAAUCUAUCUGAACUUUAAUAACACUCAUUUAACAUCAAUCAAAUUAUUUGAUGUUCAUUUAUUUACUUAACUCAAAUCCUUAACAUUCUUUGCAGGGUAAUAUUAUUAUUAUAUUGAUUUAGACAAACAUAAUUACAAAGUAUUGAACAAUUCAUGCUCAAUUUAUCUAAAUUAUAGAAUCUAGAAGAAUUACAUUUAGAUAUCUCAGGAACUCAAAUAUCUGAUUUAGCUCCAAUUGGAUCUGCAAUAAGAAAAUUAAAUAAACUUCUUCAAUUAACCAUCAAAUUAGAUAAUUUAAACUUAGAAAAUAUCUUUGAGUUGAUGUAAGGUAUCAGUUAUUGUAUUAACCUUUGUUAAUUUACUAUAACUUUAAAUAAUACAAAUCUAACUAAUAUAGAUUAGCUUGGUGAUUUGUUAAAAUAACUUUAAAAUUUAGAAUAUCUAAAUGUACAAUUUAGAAACACAAAAGUUACUCAAGCUGAUAAUUUAUUCUAAAAAAUUGGUUAUUUAACAGGCUUGAAAUCCUUGUCUCUAAAUUUUAAAGAUACAUCUAUCAACAGUCUUUCAUUACAUAGGACUUUAGACACUUUAUAGAAAAUUUAACAUCUAAGAAUCUCUGCUAAUAAAACAUUUGAUUAAAGUGUCCUUGAAACAAUUCCAUAAUAAGAAUAAAUGAAAAGCUUAAUUUUAGAUUUGAAUGAUACUAAUAUUACUUCUCUUAAUAAAUUAAUGGAUCAAUUAGGAGAUUUAAAGAUUAUGAGAUUUUUAUAAAUUCUUAUUUCUAAUACAUAAGUAGAAGAAUUGAAUUGUAGCAACUUAAGCAAAUUAUAAAAUUUAAGAACUUUAUAAAUUGAUAUAUCGUAUUUUUAUACAUUAUAAAUUAUAGUAAAACACCUAUGUAGAGAAUUAUUGGUUUGGAGGAAGAGUUGGGAAAGAUUAUAUUCUUGAAUCAAUUUAUAUUUGAAGCAACAGAUACAAAAUACCACAAUAAUGAAUAUUAGGAAAAGAUUAAAUAAGAAUUGAAAAAAUUAAAAUAUUUGAAAGAGUUUCAUUUAUGA